CUUUGAGAGGGACCUGCACAUCCUGUGCACCAUCGACGGACUUCUCGCCAUGGAAGGCCGCUGAUUCACAGUCGAGCUCAUGGGCGGUUAUGAGGGGGCUAUAAGCAUAGAGGAUGCAAGACUAGAGGACACGAAAGGUGUGGUGGGCGGUGGAGGUCCCGGGUUCCCUGGAUGGAGUCAAGAUUGUGCCAGGAACUCGCCGGCGGAGAGAGGAGUCGGCCAACGGGUAGAUGGGCAUCCGUGGACGUUUGGUGGGAUGGAAAGGCCUGGUACUGGCGGGGGGCAGCAAGGGUUUUAUGGCAUGGAUUCGACCCCGGCAGGUGGCAUUCUGCAAGGAGGGGUGCCACGUGGCGGUGUAGGGGACGGGUACGGCGAAGAGGCUGUCCAUCACACUUCGAGGGUGGAUGCCAGCCUCCCACAGUUCGACGUCAAUUCGCAGGAUCGGCAUCAUGGCCAUCCUGUGGACAAUUUCGACCGCCAAAUGCCGCAGCUUCGUCAUGGUCAGCAAACACCAUGCACACCUGGCAGUGCGCCGACAGGAGGAAUAGUUGACGACUGGUCUCCUGCACGGCGCAUGGCGUCCGCAUCGGGGCAUUCCGGGAUAUGGGAUGGAAUGUCGUCACCGAUGGGAUCAUCCAUCGGAGGUGGGUCACGACAGAUGACCGGGGAUGUUGGGGGGUCUGAUCCUAUGCGACAUACGGUGCAUGGCGAACAUCACCUCCCAUCACCGCCUGCCCACCGGCUUGUCACGACAAACGAGGGGGGUUCUUCCCGCACUUUCCCUGACAACGAAGGACUAGCAUCAGGUGGUGCUUCCGCUGAUGGGCCUACUGUCUUCAGCGAGGAGACGAACACACUGCGUGGCAAACAACGGGCCUGCAAAGCGCCUCUUCCGGAAACACCGAAAAAACACACACCUUGGUCCUUGGAGGAACGCAUGCGCCUUGCGAAGAUCUGCGGGGAGGACGAUGCUUUGAUAGCAGACGCAAACGGUCCUCACAGGCACAUGACACGCGGGAGAAGGUACGAGUGGAUCAGCGAACGCAUGCGUGAUGUGGGAUACAACCGAACACCUGAGGACUGCAGGAAGAAGUGGACAAAGAUGAAGGACACUAUGAACCUCAUCUCCAACAAGUGCGACCGAUCUGGGCAGGCUGGGUACUACAACAUGACUGCGGAUGAAAGGAGGGAGAAGGGGGUUCCACUUACCUUCGAACGCUCUCUGUGGGACGCCAUGGAAUGGUGGAGGGUGAAGGUUUCGUUCAAAUGCAACCACACUCUUGCAUUGGAGGAGAUGGAUGUACCUGAGUCGGGGGGGGGUGAAUGAAGGGGGGGGCGGGCCCGAUCGUGCCGGCGAGGCGGCAUCCGAGGGUGGCGGCACUGAUGGUUCGGAUAAAAGUGCGAAUACACA